AUGGUCUACCAACGGACGGCAUCGCCGGCGCAGUUUUCGUCGGGGCGGGGUUCGAGAGAGAGGUGUCGGGGUUGCGGCUACGGACUUGGCCAGUUUCAAGUGGAGUACGCAAGCAAUGAUGAUGACGGUUUGGGCCGGGGCUACUGCAGCCUCGACUGCUACACUUCGGCGAAGGGGCUCCUCCUGGACGCGCCGCCGGAGCCGAAGCCGUGGCGUCGCACGGCGAUCAUGUCCCGGCGGCAGCAGCGGGACCUGGGCUGGACCUCGACGGUGCUCCCGGGCAGCAGCACGGGGACCUUUGGCGCCGGCGGCGCGGCCGGGGACGACACAUCCUCGCAGGAGUCGUCGGUGGCGGACUGGCAGACGGUCGACAGCGAAGACGGGGAGACCAGCGUCGGCAGCGGCAGCGGGGUCGGGGGGGUCGGCGCUGCGCGUGGCGGCGGCGGCGGGGCCGCGGCGGUAGCCGUAGCCGGCUUCAACAACAACUACAACCACCUGGUUGGCCGUCGUCCCGACAGCUUCUCGGCUAGGGAGACGGGCGGGGGCGGGGGCGGAGCCGCGGCCGCUGCUUCCGGCGGCCGCUGGGGC